UUCACUCAUUAAAGAGCUCUGACUCACUCAAAAGGGAUCACUGUGUUGAGUCAGAAGAUGUCAGUUUGACAUGGAUACUAACUCAAUGGCCAGAAGCUGUGAAGUUAGCAACUAGCUAGAGUUCCUCUGCUUCUUUUCCCUUUUUUUCCCUCAUUACCCAAUGGUGGCUCUUGCAGGAGGAAUUUAUGCAGGCAAGCUGAGAGCUCACAUGGCUGUGCCUGUGAUUUCAGAAUGGAUACAUCCUUCUGCUGGCCAUUAUCAGAUCAUCAGAUGAUAAUGUGAUAAUGAUAAUUUAAUGUAACAGCACCAGAAUUACUGUCUGUGGCUACCUUUAGCAUCAUGCAUGCUUUAACGCUGUAUAAAAACUUUGAGAAGAUCAGUAUAAGUUCAUAAGGCAAUGAUAUUAAUGUUAAAAUUAAAUAGUAACAGGACUUUUAUAAGUACAAGAAUAUUAGUGAGUGCUUGAAAAUAAGUUCAGCAUUAACAAAUGAAGAUAAUAAUCCAUUCAAGUACGGAAAGCAAUAAGAAACAUUCUAUGAUAAAUUUCUCCAUACAUGACUCACAGUCUUAUACUGAGCCUUUUUCUUACUCAGAAUAAGAAAAAAAAGGAUCAAGAUGAUGUAUGGCUGAGAUCUCUAGAAGCUCCUGUGCCUGAGUCUGCUUACAUCUAUUGUUAACCAAAGCCAAGUCUGAGAAAUCACAAACAUAUGACAAUUUUCCUUCCUGCUGCUAGAAAUUCUGCCUAAUCUCCCAGCAAGUGGUCCCAUUUGGCUCAUAUUCAAAGCUUGAAAAAGAUCCCAGUCUCCUAUAGCUUAAUAUAAUUUGUAUGUCAGUUCCACAAACAGAGGCAUUACAAGAAACCUCCUGGCUGCUAACACCUUUACAAGCAUGAAUACAUUUCAUACAGAGCAAGCAGUAAGGAGCAGAACGUGCUUUUCACCAGGCUGGCUAGCACAGCUACUCAUCCUCAGGUUGAAAUGGAAUGUUGAUAUGGCACAGUGGUCUUUGUUUGGUACAAAUACACUGAUUUCAGUACCAAGCACUAUGCACAAGUCCUUUAGGUUACAAAUCAGCAAGGAGCCCCAUUAAUUUCAACCAGCACAAGAUCAAGCCACAUGAAGCGAAGGCACAGGCAGUAAGGUAUUACAUUUACUACAAUUUCUCCUAUACUUAAGUCUCUUUGUAUUUGUCUUAUUUAGAUUCAUUCUGGAAAAUGGAAAACACUGGGAUUUCAACUGAUCUGAAAAUCAGUUUUAAAGGCAGCAGCACUUUUGCCUCAAGGAAGGCUCCAGCCAGAGUAGGAAUUGGUGCUUACAGCUCAGCAGAGAUCAUUAUCUCACUGUGAGUUUGCUCAGUGAGAUUCAUUCCACACUUCCACUGUGCCAAUGUUUGCUUUAUUCAAGCAAAAAAGGUUCGUAAUUACUGACCCACAGUUACUACUUGACAAACCACUGUUGUGUUUUAAAACAGAAACAAGAGAUGCUAUUUUCCAUUUGCACCUAAAUAAUUGCAAGGUAAUCAGUGGUGCGUGGCUAGUUAGGGAGCUUGGUGAGAUUUAACCUAUCAAAAUAAGUGCACCUAUCUGUAAUCACCACAUCUGCCUCCUGUGAUGGUUCAUGUUCAGAUGCAGAAUCCCCUCUGCAGAAAGCACACCCUGUAAGGAAAUCCAGUCUGCAGCUGCUGUCAGUGGUUCACACAACAGUUUUUCCUUGUGCUUGAGACACCCAUUGGGAAGCACAAAUACGGCAGGUAGAGCAAGAAGGGCAAACAUCAGCUGGUUGAAAAAGGAAUCUUCUGGACAAAGAGCAAAGGCCUGAGAAUCAGGAGACCAAUUCUCUUUCAGGGGCUGCAGUAAAAUUACUGAGUAACACAAAGCAAACUGAUGUAUUUUCAGUUAAGAUUAAGCCAGUCAGGCUGAAAUACGAAGUGUCGUUUUUAAUGUCUGUAAUUCAGUGACAUCUGUGAUAAGAGCCCAAUUGAGCUGUGGUAGAAAUGAAUCUAAUAAUUAUUGCAAAAGGAAUCAUUGCAAAAUCAGGCAGGGGAUGGGAGGUAGUUGUAUUUGGUACACUGGAGAGCUGUUGUUUUUCUAAUUCUAGUUUAUGUACUUUCCUGGUCAUUAUGUCCACAUUUGCAAGCAAUAAAAGGGCAUUAUGUGCUGGUCACUCCAUCUGCUUUUGAGAUAAAUCUAUGUUAGCAUUUCAAAGGGUCAAGGAACUCUGCAGGGCAAACAAAUUCUGGAGUGCUGAUGCCAGAUGGCGGGUAUAUAAAGUGGAAAGCGAGCAGAGCAAUGCACUGUGCUUCUGUUCUAGGGAGAAGUUUCACCCAGAAGGCAGCAAAAGAGGAAAAGAACUGAACAACAAUGCUGAGGUUUGCCAUCACCCUCCUUGCUGUCAUCACAUCAUCUACCUGCCAGCAGUAUGGAUGUCUGGAAGGGGACACCCACAAAGCGAAGCCAAGUCCAGAGCCAAACAUGCAUGAAUGCACUCUGUAUUCUGAAUCUUCCUGUUGCUAUGCAAACUUCACAGAGCAAUUGGCUCAUUCCCCAGUAAUUAAAGUAAGCAACAGCUACUGGAACAGAUGUGGGCAGCUCAGUAAAUCCUGUGAAGAUUUCACAAAGAAAAUCGAGUGCUUUUACCGGUGUUCUCCGCACGCUGCUCACUGGAUCAAUCCCAGAUAUACUGCUGCUAUUCAGUCUGUUCCACUGUGCCAAAGCUUCUGUGAUGACUGGUACGAAGCCUGCAAAGAUGAUUCCAUUUGUGCCCAUAACUGGCUGACGGACUGGGAACGGGAUGAAAGAGGAGAAAACCACUGUAAGAGUAAAUGCAUGCCAUACAGGGAGAUGUAUGCAAAUGGGACCGACAUGUGCCAGAGCAUGUGGGGGGAAUCAUUUAAGGUCAGCGAAUCCUCCUGCCUCUGCUUGCAAAUGAACAAGAAGGACAUGGUGGCAAUCAAGCAUCUCCUCUCUGAAAGCUCAGAGGAAAGCUCCAGUAUCAGCAGCAGUGAGGAGCAUUCCUGCCAAAAGAGACUCCUGAAGUUUGAGGCACUGCAGCAAGAAGAAGGGGAAGAGACGAGAUGAAUUUUGGUGGGUGAACGUCAGGAGGAGAGAAAUCAUUGUGGAGGUUGGGCUCAGGGCAUCACAGCAGCCUGUCUUAUCCCUCACUA